GAUUUGAAAUACCAAGCCCAGGAUAAUUUUAUGCUAAUGGACGAGGCGGUGCUUUGCAUGGCCUUCAGCCGGGAUACGGAGAUGCUCGCCACCGGAGCGCAAGACGGGAAAAUCAAGAUUUGGAAAAUCCAAAGCGGACAGUGCUUGAGGAGAUUGGAACGUGCUCAUAGUAAAGGAGUGACGUGCCUGAGUUUUUCCAAAGACGGAAGCCAGAUCCUUAGCGCUUCCUUCGAUCAAACCAUUCGGAUCCACGGUUUAAAAUCCGGGAAGAUCCUGAAGGAAUUCCGAGGUCACUCGUCCUUCGUUAACGAGGCGACGUUCACCCAAGACGGUCAUUACGUCGUUAGCGCUUCCUCCGACGGGACGGUGAAG